AAUUCAGUUUAAUCGACGCAUGCGCUUUUACUCGUUGCUAGACGCUUAAAGUUGACUGCAGACUGUGAUAAAAACCGACAUCCUGUUAUCUCAUUAAAAAGAUGAGCAAGUCGAUAACAAUUGUUCGUGGUGAUACGGAUAUAGGUGGUGCUGUAGCUUGCAAUCUUGCCAAGAAUCCUGAUUUGAAGAUCAAGGCAAUUGUCGUGGACACAUCAGCCCCGGAAGUCCAAUCUAUGAAAUCAUGCAACGUCGAAGUUGUUCAAAAUAGUCUUAAAGAUGUAAACGCAAUAAAAGACUUACUAUCUGGGACAGAUGGAUGUUUUAUUGUUACAAAAUCUGACUUUACAAAUCCUCAGUUCGUAGAGGACGAAAUCGAACAAGGUCAAAAUAUUGCCGACGCAUGCGCUGCAGCAAAAGUUCCCCAUGUUGUUUUUAAUACACAGUUACAUCCCUUUAAAAUAACUGGCAUUUCAGCUCGACAUCUGGUAGCCAAAGCGGAAAUUGAAGGAUAUAUAAGACAAAUAGGAUUGCCUGUGACAUUUAUACUUGUUCCAUGCUUAUAUGAAGAUUAUUUAAAUAUUUUGAAACCUUAUGAUAUGGGACGAGGAUUGUAUGAAAUCGUAAUUCCAAUGGGUGUUAUACCUUUCAACAUGAUGAGUGUAGAGGAUGUUGGUGACAUUGUUGGUAUUAUAUUUUCAAAUAAAACUGCAUUCCUGGAGAAAACAUUAAGUGUAUGUGGCGAUAAACUCACCGUCAGAGAAAUGGCAGCAUAUCUUUCGAGGCAUCUAGCACCAACACAGUUCAAAGAAAAACAGCUGACGGCCUACCAGUUUGCGCAACUAGGACAACCUUGGUCUCAGGACUAUGCCAACAUGUUUGACUUCAUUUUACGUGUCGAUCAACGGUAUAACCUACAGGAAACCAGGAAAAUCUGUCCAAAAACGCAGACAUUUGAAGAAUGGGUGAAAAGGAAUGUAGGAAAAUUAAAACAAAUUUUCCCGUGAUUUUAAUUCCACUUCACUAUUAUAGGUUUUACUGAAGCAGUAUUUUGUAAUGUGUAAUGUGAUAUUGUUAUUUUGCCUUUUAAGUUUGUGAUCGCAAUUAUUGUUAUCUUGUGUUCAAAUAAAAAAAAUAUGCAAGUUAUACCACAAA